AUGGUUUUACUGGAGUGUGGUGGCUACCUAUGCUACCACUUCUUGGAACUGUGGGUGAAAGUUGAGUGCCAGGCGGACACCAAAGGAAAAUUGCCUCAAAGCUACAUCCCCCGGAUAAGAUUACAAGAGCACAUCCGGGUAACCCCGCCCCCUACGGGUCAACGAGCCGAAGGCCACAUUCCCGCACAUGCGCAGUCUCUCAAGCCUGCCUUCAGCCCGCAGACCCUCAGAAGGGCAGGCUUUCUCCCGCCAGGCUUUCAAACGUCCGCCUUUCUAAUACUGGCAUCCUGCCUCCUGGGGCCGCGCAGGCGCAGGGAGAAAGGCUGCUUUGAGCCGCACUGGCCCCUCUCGGGCACUGCUAGGGUUGACGUUGAAUCGGGCCAGGCAGUUGCAGGGAGAGAGCGUCGUCUCGCCCCGACCAGCGCCCGGGGCACGGAAGCGCAAGAGGGCAUCGAGCGGGCGGGGGCGGCCGACGCCGACGCCCCCCCGGAGCCGCAGCUCACCCUACUAGUCAUGCAGCCCUGCGGCGGGCAGGAGGAGGCGGCGGGCGCCAUCCUGCGGCCGACCCCGGCUUCGGCGGCCUCGGCGACCCCGACCCCUAUCCCUACUCCUACCCCUACUCCGAGGAGCGGCAGCGCCGCCGGGAACCUCACGCCCCUGGGUGAAGUGGCAGGAGAUGGCGAGGACGAGGCCGCCGAGGACGAGGCGGACCUGCUGGACACGUCCGACCCGCCGGGGGGCGGCGAGAGCACGGCCAGCCCGGAGGAGCUGGAGGACGAGGAGACCCACUCGGGCGGCGAAGGCGGCCGGGCAUCAGCGGGCCGGGGCGGCGGGGGCAGCGUGAGCAAGACGUGCACCUACGAGGGCUGCCGCGAGACCACGAGCCAGGUGGCAAAGCAGCGCAAGCCGUGGAUGUGCAAGAAACACCGCAACAAGAUGUACAAGGACAAGUACAAGAAGAAGAAGAGCGAUCAGGCCCUCAGCUUGGCCGGCACGGCGGCCGCGGCCGGCGGCAGCGCGGGCAGCGUCAAGCUCGAGGAAAGCACAGAUGGCUCAACAUCCGUUGGAAAACAAAGAAGUGGUUCUAUUGGAGAUCGUCCUUCAAGACCUACUCUCUUAGAGCAAGUGUUAAAUCAAAAACGGCUGGCAUUAUUAAGAAGUCCAGAAGUUGUACAGUUUCUGCAGAGACAGCAACAGCUACUAAAUCAACAAGUUUUGGAGCAAAGACAACAACAACAGUUUCCUGGAGCAUCAGUGUGAAGGGACUAAUUGAGGUUAUCCACGGUUUAGUAUCUCACUGUACUGGCUGAAGAUGUUUUUAUGUUGAAGAGAAAUAGGUUACAGCAGUCAGGUAGAACACUUGCAAUAUGAUUAUCAUAAAAUCUUUUCCUAGAAAUACAUAUAUUUGGUUUUUUGUGAUGGGUUUUAGACUUUGUGGGAAUCUGGAUUUUGAAGAAAUCUAGUUUUAUAUUAUAUUUCCAAAACUCCACUUAACUUCGUUGCUUUAAAAACAUUUUUCAACUUUAAUUUUAAAAAUACCCCAAGUCUCCCAACAAGUUAUCAGGCAAAAGAUCAUAAAUAUGGUCAUUCUUAAGUUUACUAUUAAUGAAGGAAAUGAGAUGGUUACUUUUUAUGGAAGUUGUGAAAGUAAUAGAUAUUUAUCUUGAAUUGUCUAGCCAAUAAGUGUGGCAAGAUACAGCCUGGACAUUCAGGAGGCCUGAGCUCAGGAAUAAUCUUUAUGCUUUUCUACACACUUAAACCUGGAGUUAACAAGGAAGCAAAUAGAACAUGUGUGUAUACAUAUGUAGGAAGAGGGGUGGUAAUAAUCAGCUGCUCUAUGAGACUGAAGUGUGCCCCCAUCUUCGUAAAUGUCCUACUGAAACCAAAAGAGGACGUCAUGAAAGAAAUUGGAAUGAAGAAAAUACAGAAGAAACUGCUUGAUUACAUUACCUAGCACCACAUUGUUUGCAUGUCAGAUGUGAUCCCGGUGGAAGCAGGUAUUCUGAAAUGCAGAAUCUAUGGCUGGUGGAGAGUGUAUCUGGUUCGCCAAUUCCCUGAUAAAAUUGGCAUUGAUUUUAUUACUUAUUACUCUUUUUUUUAAUGGAAAAUUUUGAGAAUAAGACAAAAAACUCCUUUAUGUUGUGAAUUAUUUUAAAAAUUGAGCCAUUUCAACAUUGUUGUAUUGAAUAGGUACCCAAAGAAUGAAGUGAGAUACUUUUAUCCUGUCUUCCUAAGAUAACAAAACUCAAAAUCAUAUCUAAUCAUGGCACCCAGAAGAAUGUCAGAGUAAAUAUUACCCCUGCACUGUGCACAUUCUGAUGCCAAAUGUGUACCAAGCUGGGUUGUAUAGAAACAUAUUUGGUUUUUGUAAGAUGGUUUUUAAGUCACAGCCUCUAUAGACAAAACUUUCUGAUAAUCAUUCAAGGAGCAUUCUUCUUCAUUUUAUAUGUGUAGGUUUUAUAACUGUAUAUUGGUACAAAAAAAAUAAAAAUUUGAAUACUUUUGA